GGACCUUAAACCGGUUGCGCCGGAAGCUCAAGGACUCUGACAUUUGAGGACGGGCGCGAGAGCAGCGCGUAAAGAUGAAAAAGUGACCCGCGCGCAUGUAGAUACUCUUUAAAAGCUGCCGACAUGACCGCGCGCACCUGUACCUGCAUCCUCAGACUGGGGAGUUCACUGCUUUCCGGAGCACGCGGGACUGUUCACACUGUUUACAGACACCCAGGGGCACGUGCGAGUGUUGCUGGUAUCCAGUGCAUCAGGACCAUCAAGAACUCCACAUGGUGGGAUGAGCAUCUAACAGAAGAUAAUGCUCAGUUCAUGAGAAGAUCCGUCUCGGAGGAGUACAAACAGCUGACCUCCGACAGACUGAACCCCCUGAAGGACGAGCCGUGGCCUCGCCAUGAAUGGGUCGAACAGAGUCGGAGGGUCGGUCUUGUGGCGCUGAAGUUGGGGAUGAUGCCCAUAUGGACCAAGUCAGGAGACAGACACGUGGUGACGAUGCUACAGGUGCUGGAUUGUCAUGUGAUCAAACACAUCCCUAAAGAAGAGUAUGAUGGCCGGACAGCUGCCCUGGUUGUGGGGGGAAAAAACAUCUCCCCCUUUCAUAAAGCCGAUGAGACUCUGGAGAUCUUCCGGAACGCUGGAGUUCCCCCAAAACAGAAGCUGACGACGUUCCGAGUGACGGACAAUGCUGUCAUCAAGCCAGGGACUCCUCUCUACGCCGCCCACUUCCGCCCAGGACAGUAUGUGGACGUCACAGCAAAAACGAUUGGAAAGGGUUUCCAGGGAGUGAUGAAGCGCUGGGGAUUCAGUGGACAGCCGGCUUCACACGGUCAAACCAAAACCCACAGGAGGCCGGGAUCACUGGGACCUGGAGGGGACCCUGCGAAGGUGUUUAAAGGGACGAAGAUGCCGGGCCGGAUGGGAAAUGUGUAUAAUACAGAGUUUGGAUUAAAGGUUUGGAGGGUGAACACCAAAGACAACAUCCUGUACGUCAACGGCUCCGUUCCUGGUCAUCGCAACUGCCUGGUCAAGGUCAGAGACACCAUCCUGCCUCAACGUCUGGAGAAGAACAGGAACCCACCCUUCCCCACGUUUUUCGCUGACGGAGAGGAGGAGCUUCCUGAAGAUCUGUAUGAUGAGAACGUCUUCCAGUUUGUAGAGCCCAUACCUGAGUGACCACCUGACUCACCUGACCGUAUAAACUUUGCUUUUAACCCUUUGUUUCUGCUGGACUCUGGUUAAAGUGUGGACACUGUGGACUCUGAUGGUCAGACGGUUGUGUGUGAUAAAUUGUACGAUUACUGGCUUCUGUUUAAUGUGUGUGCGUCAACUUUAAAAAAUAUUAAAUACAAUUCAUUGUGUUUAAGUCCAAAAUUAAAUUAAUUAAAACCAA